UAUGUUCGAACCGACAUUCCAUACUUGUACACCUGGGAAACGCAAUUUUCUUUUGAUUACCACCAUGGCGAUCUACUCCAGCAUUAGCUGCUGAGAUGGAACUUUUUGGGGAUGGUAACGAAUAGCAGGCACAAGUCACCGUUCCCAACAGAACAUUUGAGCAAUACUUACUAUAUGAACGUACUUAAAUUAUGCCAUUAAGUCACUCUAGGCCACCAUAUGACUUUUUCUGGACGCGAAAAACUGCCGAGUUACAGAAUAAGUUAAUUAUAGUGAGUUUAUCGUCACCCGACCUGCCGUUUUUUGAUGUCCACUUCUUGAGAACUCUCAAUCGGAUAGAGUCGAUGUGCUAGCCAACGGCGAAAUGGCGGGCAUGGAGGUAGAAUUCGACGAGACGGUGGCCAAUCAGUUUAGCUGCAAGCGCUGCGACCGAACCUUCAGGAGCAAGCGGGAUCAGACGUUGCAUCGACAAGAGGUGCACAACCACAACAAGACCACCUACGAGUGCAAGCUGUGCGCGAAGAGCUUCUGCAAUUCGGGGAACCUGGAUCGCCACAUGAAGGUGCACAACGAUGUCCGGCCCUUCGUGUGUAACAUCUGCUCGAAGGCCUUCGCCCAGGCUGUAAACCUGCAGCGCCACUAUGCGGUGCACAGCGGGGAGCGGCCCUUCACCUGUAACUUCUGCAACAAGUCCUUCACCCAGCAGAGCAACAUGAAGCGCCACAAGAUGACACACACUGGCGAAAAGCCGUUCCGCUGCCAGCGAUGCGGCAGGUAUUUCUCCCAGCUGGUUAACCUCAAAAAACACAAGCUAGGACACCUCAACGCCAAGCCCUACCAGUGCAAUUUCUGCGAGAAGGGCUUCACCCAGCUGUCAAACUUUAAGCGCCACUUACAGUCGCACAUAAAGGAGGGCGUCGAUGUGGACGUGCCCGCCUCUAUCCAGGCGGCUGCCGCCCUGGCCAGGGAACGGCUUGAGUCGGAACAGAAACCAAGCUUUUUCGAGUGCAUGGUGUGUCGGGCCAUCUUUGAUACCUUCGCUGACUAUGAGAAGCACGAAGCCAAGUGCCAUGAGGACCACGAAAGGGCCCAGCUGGAGGUUAACCAGAUGUCCCACAUGCAUCCAGACGACUAUUUGCCCAUGAAGUUCGCCGUGCCCGAUCUGGAUACGCACGAAAUCAUAAUUGAGACUACACAUUAGGAAUGGCAAUAAUUUUAAAUGAAAUACCACGAAAACACACAACCCAACUCACACCUAAACAUACAAAUAGCGGCGAUUCCGACGGAAAGAUGGAAUGUGAAGAAUAUUGCAUUGAAUAUACAGAUAUGAAUAUAUAUGCAGGCCAACAUAGUUCUCCAUUGAAUUACACCAAUAAAUGCAAUAAAUAUGCAGAUAACCAAUGCGAA